UCCAAAAGGGAAAGAGGAGAAUUCACCAUUGCGCCAGUAGAUUUCCAAAUGCAUCGUGAGUUUGAUAAAGGUGAUACAUUCGCUCUGGAACUUUCUUGUCGCCUUCCGUCUGGGCAAUUACUGGAGAAGAUCCCAAAUUGGAAAAUAUUCCGUCAGGAUGUGGUUCCAGUAAUUGUUCACGUAAAUCUGGCACGCUUUUGUAAUGGUGAUGCUGAUGCUGAGGAUUAG